UCGAGAGACAGUCAUCCAGCGAAUAUCUGACAGAGGAUAACGUUAUACUCUUUGCUAUCAGAGCUAUCGUUUCCUUCGAGAAAAUACUUAUUUUUAUGCUAUAUAUAGGUUUAGGCCUAUCUUUAGCCUUCAGAAAAGAGACAUCAAUAGCUUUUUGGAGCGCUAUACGAAAACUAAAAUAUACGGAAUUCCGAACGUUCGAUUCAUUCUGUAGCGACAAAAUUGGCUACAAUCUAUUGUUUGAUUCGGGGCGUUUUUGAAACCAAUCGGAUACAUUUUACUUUAAGUAUAUUGUUUGGGACGUCAGUCUGAUUAGCAACAUUUGCUGUUGAGCAAUAGCUGUCAUCUCAGAAACUAGUAGGCCUACGUGCGUUUGGUGACUAUUUUAUGAAUGCUUCAAUUCAUUGAUCAAUCGGAUCAACCAGCGACCUAAAAAGUUGCUGAAAACAAGAUAAUAAACACGUCAUCAGACUAAAGGUCUAAAGAAGGGGAUUUCAGAAGUCAGAGCACAUGGAAUCUACAAAAGCAGGGGGUGUAAUAGCCUACAUCAGCUCCUCCAGCCCUGAGUCAUGUCAUAGUGACUCAAAUGACGGCAGCUACAACUCCUCCUCCCUGACACACAACUCCUCCCACAGCUGUCGCCAGGGCAACGUGGUGGACACGCUGCUAACCACGGCAGGCCUCCCACUGGCCCAUACUACGGCAAAGACCAGUGCAAAAUGCAGCAUUACUAAAAUCAACGGCCUGGUGCUGCUGUGUAAGGUGUGUGGAGACAUUGCAUCUGGAUUCCACUACGGGGUCCAUGCCUGUGAGGGCUGCAAGGGUUUCUUCCGUCGGAGCAUCCAGCAGAACAUCCAGUAUAAGAAGUGCCUGAAGAACGAGAGCUGUGCCAUCAUGAGGAUCAACAGGAACCGCUGCCAGCAGUGUCGUUUCAAGAAGUGUCUGCUGGUCGGCAUGUCCAAAGACUCUGUGCGUUUCGGCCGCAUCCCAAAGCGUGAGAAACAGCGCAUGCUGCUAGAGAUGCAGAGUGCCAUGAACAACAUGAUGAACAACAACAGCCAGCUACACAGCCAGCUCCACAGCAACACACCCAUCCCCCUGGCCAAUCAGCUUCAGGCGCCAGCCUGCCCCGGGGAGCCCCGCCCCCAAGAUGUUGACUCUGGCCUAGGCUCCGCCUCUUCCUCCACCUCUCCCGCCGCUUCCCCCGGGUCCAACCAAUCAGAGGAGCCCAGCCAUCACCCAGAGUCUGCAGUCGCCAUGGGUACAAGCCCUAUAUCGGCGUCUCCGUCAAGUGGUUCAGACAACGUGUCAGAGGAGGUGAUUGGCUCGGUGACCCGGGCCCACCAGGAGACCUUCAUGUACAACCAGGCCGAUGCCCAGCCGACCUCCCCGGGGGCGCAGCAACACGUCAGUGACACUGGAAAGAGGAUAGAGGAGAGGAACCGGAACCAGCAGGAGGCCUGGAACCAGAAGAACCAGAACCAGCAGACUGACCUGGCCUCAUUCACAGCCACUGAGGUCCACGUCCAGGCUCAGGAGAGGCCCACCAACACUGGGCCUCAGGGCCCUGACAGCCACCAUCGCCAGGAGGACCACACCACCACCCCCAGCCAUUGCCCCUACGGCAGAGGUACUCCCACCACCCCCAUCCAGAACCACUGUUCCUACAGCAGAGACAGACUUCCCAACAGCUCCCCUAGUGGCAACUGCCCAGCCUACGCCCACCAUGGAGGGAACAACAGCACUAGCCAGGCCACCUCCAACUCCCAUGGAGGAUCCACUGGACCACUGUGGAGCGGUGGCUACAGGAUGCAUCUGCUGUGUCCCAUGAACACGUCUCCCCAUGUGAACCCCCAUAAGUCAGGCCAUGGGAUCUGGGAUGAGUUCAGCCACAGUUUCACCCCGGCCGUCAGGGAGGUGGUGGAGUUUGCCAAGCGGAUCCCAGGCUUCAGAGACCUCUCCCAACACGACCAGGUCAGCCUGCUCAAGGCUGGUACCUUUGAGGUGCUAGUGGUACGUUUUGCAUCGCUGUUUGACGUGAAAGACCGCACAGUGACAUUCCUGGGUGGUACCAAGUACAGCGUGGAGAUGUUACGAGCCAUGGGCGCCGGCGACUUCCUGACCUCCAUGAUGGACUUCAGCGAAAAUCUGAUGGGGCUCGGCCUCAGCGAGGAGGAGAUGAGCCUGUUCACCACCGUCGUCCUCAUCUCUGCCGAUCGCUCAGGGAUUGAGAAUGUGAACUCUGUGGAGGCGCUUCAGGAGACUCUGAUCUGGCACCUGAAGGGCCUCAUCACUGAGAACCACCCCAACGAGUCGGCCAUAUUCACCAAGCUGCUCCUCAGACUGCCUGACCUGCGCGCCCUUAAUAACAUGCACUCUGAGCAGCUGCUGGCCUUCAAGGUCCAUCACUAGACCAGAACCAAGGUUUGAACCUGGGGUGUAUUAAUUAGGCACCAAAUGGAAGAACAUUUACUGAAAUGGGGAGGUACCACCAGAACUUGUCUAAUAAGACAUUUUUUGUUUUUUCCCCCGUUGCAAAACCUUUUGCUAAGGUGUGCUCUAAUGAAUAUGGCCAUGGACACUUGGCCAGAAACCUGAGGCCUGUGGCUGGGGACAACAAAGCCAUUUCUCCACCCAUCCUGACACACCUCGACCAGCUACACCAAUGAACUAUGAACCCUGACCUCCAAGAGAACCCUCUUAUCACGUCCUUCACAAACAAGGGGAAGUAGUCGGCAAAUGUAUCAAGGUCAAAGGGGAGGGAGAGGAAAGGGUUAAGACCUCAAAGUUAUCGUACUGUAAGGCUGAAAGGCUUCUAUUGUUGGAAUAACCAUGAAUGCACACGUUCAGACACAAGCAGGAGAUGUUAUGUUUCUUUGUCUUGUUUCUGUGUGUGCGUGUUUGUGUAGGAAGUUUGCGACUGUACAACCCUUAGAGAAUAACCUUUUUAUAAAUAUUGUGUAGAUGUGUAUUUUUGCAUCGUUGGUGCAGUAUGAUAUGUGACUGAUUAUUUAGACUUUUUGUUUAGAUCUUCUACACCAUGGUUCCCCAACCAUGUUCCUGGAGAGCUACCAUCCUGUAGGUUUUUUGCUCCAACCCUAAUCUAGCACACUUUAUUCUAAUAAUAGGUUAGGUACAACUGGGGGAGCGAAAACUUACAGGAAGGUAGCUUUCCAGGAACAGGGUUAGAGAGCCCCGUUCUACACCUUCGGGGUACAAAAAAAUAAAAAAAUAAAAAUGUAGGCAGACUAAUCUAGAAGGAUGUUGUGCUUUUUGCCUGAAAAUACAGGGUGACUCUAAAGGGGGUUAGGCCUUGUUAAUUAAACUCCAACCCCUCUAGUUUAAAGUAAACUGACAAUGAAUGACUACAGAGGAGGUUUAACGCUCCUCUCUAAACUAUAGGUGUUGAAUGACAUUAAGGGGAAUGUUGUAAAAGCAUAGAUAGACCUAUGUAAUCAGGGUAAACGCUGCUACGUUACUUCUGUCUCGGUGUGACCCUAUCUAGUCACCUGAGGAAGAGCUUCGAUUAAAUGUCAUUAUUUGUAUAGAGGAAUCUCUUAUUUCAAGCUUACGGUUUCAGCUGAUGGUGCAGCAGUUGUGUGUGUGUGUGUGUAUGUGUUACUCGCUAUCAUUGUCAAGUGGAGGUUUAUGUUGUAAAUCAUUAAAUGUUCUUGUAGGGUUAUGAACUAACUGAAGUCCAUCAUUGACAGACACGGUCCGAUCACUUAAUUGUUAUAGACCUCCCCAUUUGAACGAUAGGACAGCAAACGGACAGGAAGUCAGAAAUACAUUGAGGUUAUUCGAACUGCCAAAGGUUAACGUUGGUAACCAAUUUAGUCAUUUUAUAUUAGUGUCAAAAGGAUAAAAUUGUUAAUGUCAUUUUUAGGUGACAGUUUGGGUUUUAAAAAAUCAUCAAACCGCGCAAUUAGAUUUUACAGGUGAAAACUACUUUAUGAGUGCUGAUUAUGCAUUUAUUUGUUAAAUGCAUUUAAUUUGUUUUAAUGUAAAAAUGUUUUGUGCACACAUACUUGAUAUCGUGUCUUAUAAGCCUAUUUGGGCUGGGCACCAAUUGGUUUACAACACGGAAAUAAAUAAAAAUCUAUACAUAAAAGAGCAUUAUACAUAAACGCAUGUAGGCUAAUGCACAAUUGUGUCAUGUUGCUGGUGGUUGUGGGAAGGGAGAGAAACGUUGUAGGAAUGUUUUUGUCAUUCCGUUGGACUCCGCCACCAGCAACUCUUAUACCACUGUCUCAAAUGUUUCAACAGAGGACCACUAAACUUGUACAUGGACUACAGAUAUAGUUAUGAAGUGUUGUAAAUAGGUGGAUUCUAUUCAAAUACAGUAUGAUUGUAAUAUUACAUAAGAGAUUGUAAUUUCCUUUUAUAAAUAACACCAAGAGACUGUAAGGGCUGUAAUCAAUUGAGUUGCAGGCAUUCCAUAUUACAAUGCCCGUUAUGACGUUGAUUGACGAUUUCGGAACGUUUUGUUUCUCUCUUCCAACUCUCCUGCGCUUCAUCCUCCAUCAUCCUCAGUGCUUCUGUUCUGUCAAUCAUGUGCAUCGUUCCAUCGCUGACCUACUCUGUGGUGUCAGUCUCUGUUUUCUCCUCUCUGAAAGCAUUGCAGUAUACAUAGAUUUCUAUAUAUAAAGACCUAUAUAAAUAAUAUUAAUAUAUCUGUA